GUUUUAGUGAUUUCAGCAUUUAUCAGAAAUCGCUUACUGCACCUUUAAUGUUUUUGUGUCAGGUAAAUACUGCUGUGACUGACAAAAACAGUUUAUGAUAGGCUAUCAUCAGCAUAGCGUGAGGUUAUCGACUUUUCUAGCAUGUAUAGUAUAAGUAACUCACGCUUGUAGACAAACUACAGUUUUAAAAUAACUCUUCCAGACCUAUAAAUACAUUGAUGUUUACAUGCGAUUGCAUUGACAGACAGGCCAAUCGAACAUAGACAAAAGUCCCCAAAAGCAAAACAGUGAUUUGCACAAAGCUAGUAGCUUGUUCCUUAUUAGAAUAAGAUUCCCAAUGCAAAGACUAUCUAGGAAUCAACAUCACAUCAUUAGCGUUUGCGUUUCUGAAGAUUACAGCAGUCAGCAACGUCAGAAUCUGCGUCACUACUGACGUCCACCACUAGAUGGCAGAAUCCCUCUGUCUUCCAACCGCUUCAAACACGAUGCACCACUUUUCUGUCAGUCACUACCCACUUCUCAACAAAUACGCAUCACAUCCCACAUUCAAUAAACCUGUUUGUGAUUUUCAGGUCCAUCUCCAGGGAUACGAUUGACACAGCAAAGGUGGCUCAGACUUGAGUUCAUAUUUAUUCAGCAUUAUUUAGCAGUUAGGCCUACUUACUUACUGACAGUUUGGGGUGAGGCUAACCUUUCCUACCAGUGGAAGGUCGUGGAAAAGUUUAAAAAGUAAUUAUUUUUGUCCUUCAGGUUCAAAUAAAUUGUUCAUCCCAGAAUGAAAAACAGGCCCGAUUUUAACCCCCUCUGCCGCAGCUCUUAAAUCUCAUUUGUUUGACAUCAGUGAGUCUAUAUGCGCAAAUUAGAUUUGAGAGCUGUGGACAGACUUUUCAUUUUUUGCUGAACUGUUUUAUUGACAUUAAAUUGUUACAAUGUCUUGGUCUGGCCUGCUGGCUUUUGUGGUGAUUUGCCACGUUUUGAGAGUUUCCGCACAUAGGUUUCCCAUUUUGCAGGGUUUGUGCUAAAAACAUUUUCUGGAGUGAUUUGCCUCUGACCUGUGUCCAAUUUGUAGAUGUCAGAAUCGGAUACUUUUCACCCGUUCCAUAUCAAAGCAGCAUCUGUUCCAAUGCUUGCCUAAAAAUAUCACCCGUAAUGGUUUCCUGAUGCUCAUCUCCUCAGCAACAGAAGCAAGGGUGAUGAAAACCUGCCUGACAGGAAUAUUACUAAAAAGUGUUGCCCUCUCUCUUUUUUUCUCUUUGAUCGCAGUUUCUUUGAGGGAUAUCAGGGGAAACUGGGCUUUCAUAGUCUUGUUUUUCAAUCCUGAAAAAAUAUUUGUUUCGCACACUUGCAAAGGGCUUGUUUUUCUGUGGUUUUCUACAAAACUCUUUUUUUUUUAAUUAUUUAUUUAAGAAGUACAAGUACUGAGUGUUACUAAUUUGAUAAUUUGUCUGAUUUAAGCAUUGAUAUUUGAUGUGAACAACCCUUGAGAAAUGCAUGCAUGUGCUUUUGAUCCUGUGGUUCAGCGUGUUUAUAGCCUUUUGAGUGUUUUAAUCUUUAAUGAGUCAUAUCGUACUGGUGAAUAUAUCAGAAUCUGAAGCAGAUAUCCCACACAUCUUGGUGAAUCAGCCGAGAAUCCAUCUGGAAAAUCUGUUCUGUGUGUGUGACAGAGGGAGAUGAAGUACUACCAUCUACCCUGCUGAGUCACCUAAAGUGUUAUAAUGACACGUACAUACAUUUCCUAUGUUUUUUACAUGCAGAAUAUAUUUUUAGACUUCCAGGAUUACAUGCACUUCAUCAUUGUCAAACUUUCCUUGACUGCAGGUUCAACCGUGAAUAUACAAAGAAUUGAAAUGAAAUGGUCAACAACAAAUUAAGCAGGUGUGGCAUCCAAAAACCAAACACAGAUGGUCCGAUGCAUUGUCUGAGCAGAGGCUUUGUUUUCCAUGCGGUGGUUUUUCAGAUCACUGUCAUGGUUUCUGUGUUCUUAAAAGCACCAGUACAUGGAAAAAACUACUAGAUUUUCAUAUUGGAGAAUGAAAAGGUAAUUUCUUUUAUCGAGUUGGAAUCUUUAUUAAGACUGUAAUUAUAAUUACCUUUAUUUGAUUGCAAUGCCAGUCUAAGGGAGGUGCUCUCGAGUAGCUAUUAAAAAUCUUAUUGCUCAGUUGUUGCUCUUUUACAUCUUAAAAGACACAAUGGAGAUGUCAAAUAUGUUUCAAGUAUCGACUUUAUCUCAGAUGUUUCUUCUGAUGCAACUGAACAAUUACUUUUUUAAAAAAAAAUUCUCAAAGCUGUAAAUAAAACAUUAUUUGAACACAUUUCACAAGAAAUUAUUUCAUGUUUUUCACUUCAAAAUGUCAUGUUUAGUUCAAAUCUGUGAAUUGCUGUUUCUCUGUAAUUAUUUGUGAAAUUCACUUGCAAUUUCUGAUUGAACACUGUUUUAAACUAAAUCCUUUACCAAAUUUGGUCUCCAAUUAUUUGCUAUUGGAAGAAUUUGAUGAUAUUUUUUCAGUUCAUAUUGUGACUUAGACUGCUCAGUACUAUUGAAUGUGGUCUUCUGUACAGUUUGAGACAUUGUUGAGAUCUCUGAUGAAUCUCUGAGGACAUGUGAGAUUAAUAGGGUAUUUUUCUCAAGGGACAAAUUUGAGAAGCAUGAUGGUCUCCAUUUUCUCUUCAUUUAAUCUAGAGGAGAAACAACUGAGAUAGGCCUGUUAAUUAGAUCUAAUUAUCCGAGGGUGUAUACGUUGCCUAACUGAAUGUAUGUGUGUGUGUGUGUGUGUGUGUGUGUGUGCGCGCGCGCGCGCGUGUGUGUGUGUGUGUGAGGAAAAGAGAGGGAGAGAUCCAUCCCCCCCUCUCGGAUGGUUAGGUUCCUCAGUCUGAAGCCCGCGGAUGAUGCUCGUGUUUACGCAGCGCUCGGCGUCUGACCGGUGGAUGUAAAUAUCAGCUUAUACGUCGCACAGACUGAUUCAUGAACAUCGCCAAAGGAACCGCUGGAGAGACGCUCCGUUCCUGACUGCAGGAGGAUGUAUGGCAUUAUUAACCAUCCCCGAAACCAUUUAAGGAUCUUCAGACAUUGAUAUCUUCAUAUGCACGUGAAUCUUCUGCAUUUGAAAGGCUUUCUGCGGGCGGGCACACACUGCGCCGUGCGUCUUAACGCAGGACUGCUCUUUUGGACCCGUGCCACGGUUGUCUGUCUCCGUCCCUUCACCCAACCACACCUACCCGUUAUAUCCUCACCGAAUUGCAGCAGCAGCGUCCCCACACCGGAUCCCGACUGAUCCCGUCGCGAAAGGGACAUUGUGUCUGCGUGAGCGGGUGGAAGAACGCGGAUCCACUGCGCUAUAAACGCCUGGUGCGCACCGGACCCGCUCAAAGACGCCCGUGUUUUACCGAUAUGUCAACCCGGUGCGCGUGAACGCUUUGGAGGAGAGGCAGGUGAAAUUAUCAGCUUUGUCCCGCAUCCUGCGCCAAGAAGAAACGCAUCACCUUGAGGAUUUAAACACACCGACAUCCAACUUACCAGCUCUGGUGUGUCGCUGCCAUGGCGACCCUGACCCCCUGCUUCUUACAGAUUUUUGCUGUCCUCCAAUUGGCUGCCUGCUCGUUUCCAGAGGAACCUGGCCCUUUAAUCUCCGCCCCUGCUGAGGUGGUGAGGCGAUAUCCAGUGUUUGUGGGCCGAGCACAUCGCUCUUAUACCCGCCAGGAGCCGCUGUACAUUCAGACCGUCCUGAAAGUCAAUCGUACACUCUACAUUGGAGCCAGAGAUGACCUUUAUCGAGUGGAACUGGACCAUGUAUCUGGAGAUGAAAUGUUCUACAGCAAGAAAAGGACGUGGGAAUCCAAUAAGAAUGACAUCCGCAUCUGUAGAAUGAAGGGCAAACAUGAGGAGGAGUGUCGUAAUUAUAUUAAGGUGCUGUUGAGCCAUGAUGGAGGGCUGUUUGUGUGCGGGACGAAUGCUUUCAACCCGCUGUGUGCCAAUUACACGAGAGACACUCUGGAAUUAGUUGGAGAACCCAUCAGCGGAAUGGCCCGAUGUCCGUAUGAUCCCAAACACGCUAACGUGGCUCUGUUUGCAGAGGGCAGCUUGUUCACAGGCACAGUGACUGACUUCCUGGCCAUCGAUGCUGUCAUUUACCGCAGUCUAGGAGAGAGUCCGGCCCUGCGCACGAUCAAACAUGAUUCCAAAUGGUUCAGAGAGCCUUAUUUUGUGAGCGCCGUGGAAUGGGGGCCUCAUAUCUACUUCUUCUUCAGGGAGAUGGCCAUGGAGUUCAACUACCUGGAGAAGGUGAUGGUGUCUCGCGUGGCACGUGUGUGUAAAGGUGAUUUGGGCGGCUCUCAGCGUGUGUUAGAGCGCCAGUGGACGUCGUUUCUGAAAGCACGUCUGAACUGUUCGAUCCCUGGAGACUCGCACUUCUACUUCAACCUGCUGCAGUCCACCAGCCCCAUCAUACGCAUGCAGGGCAGAGACGUCAUCCUGGGGGUCUUUUCAACACCCUCGAACAGCAUCCCCGGCUCGGCGGUGUGUGCGUUUGACAUGCAGCAGCUUGCACGUGUAUUUGAGGGCAGAUUCAAAGAGCAGAAAUCACCAGAAUCCAUAUGGACACCUGUACCUGAUGAACUGGUUCCGAAACCCAGGCCUGGAGGAUGUGCUGUCCAGGGUUCGAGAUUCAGCUCCUCCAACACCCUUCCCGAUGAAGUGCUGAAUUUCAUCAAAACUCAUCCUCUGAUGGACGAAGCAGUUCCUUUGCUUGGACACAGACCCUGGAUAGUCAAGACCAUGGUUCGGUACCAGUUGAACACUAUGGUGGUGGACACCGAGGCAGGCCCCCACCGCAAUCGAACUGUGGUGUUCCUUGGAUCCACCAGGGGAACCGUUCUCAAGUUCCUUAUCACACCCAGCCCAGAGAACCCGUACUCCAACACCAACACCUUUCUGGAAGAGCUGGAGGGCUACAACCCAGAAAGGUGCGGCGAUGACUCUGUACAGGCGCGGCAGCCUCUCUCUCUGACCCUGGACAAACCCAGUCACACGCUCCUGCUGGCCUUCCACUCCUGUGUGGUGAGAGUGCCUGUCGCACGCUGCCAACUGCACUCCAGAUGCAUGAAAAACUGCAUUGCGUCCAGAGAUCCAUACUGCGGCUGGACCAGAGGAAGUACCUGCUCACUCCUGCGGCCAGGCACCAGAUUACCUUUUGUGCAGGACGUUGAAUAUGGAAACACCUCACAUCUCGGAGACUGUGACGGUCUGUUGCGUGAGAGUUUUAUGGAUGAGCCUGAAAGUCUUGUUACUUUGAACCUGCUGGUUGUUGCUGCAGUCUCUGCAUUCUCCACUGGGGCGGCGCUCUCGGGCCUGGCAGUGUGCUGGAUUAUGGGCCAGAAACACCGUCACCGUUCACACAGCAAUACUCCAUCAUCCAGUAGUCAGCGGAAGAGCGAGAAAGAGCGUUGCAUGAUGGGACAAAGCAGGAGCGGCUCCGUGAUGAGUGUAUCCCGGCACAGCGGCACGGACCGGCCGCGCUCACAAGGUGAGACGCUCUUCGUCAUGCCCAAUGGUUGGGUCAAAGCAGGCGACUUGGAUCCAGGUCUACUUCCCACACCCGAGCAAACUCCCCUGCAGCAGAAACGUGGGCUACGCCUGUCUGAUUCUGGAUCCAGUUGGGACCAAAGUCAGACCUUCUUGAGCUCGGUGGGUACCCAGUGCCCACCUCCACCAUCCACCUUGUUUCUCAGCUCUAAACUCCUGCAAGGAACUGGUCGACGCCAUGAGGAAGCCAUAGAAACCGGCAUCGACCGCCAACGCUACGUCUCCCUCUCCAAGUACCGGGAUCAGGGAAUACGCCCAGGCACUCUUCUUCGCAAGUCAGCAGGCGAAUACAACUACCCUAUGACUCCCCAAGACUCCCCCGACCGGCGGAGAGUGGUGUCGGCCCCCAGCACCCAGAUCGAGUACAGCGGAGAGCCUCUUCGCUGGACCCACGAAGGCUACAUCUUCAGCAGUCAUGGCAUACCUCCAACGGGCCACCACUACACCCCGGCCUCGCAGCAUCCCGCGGGACUGACGCGCUCCGUGCUCCAUGGGUCCCGGGGGCUCAUCGACCUGGCGGACUUCAGCCACCUGCUCGGGAAGGGAGGGAACGAUCGGACACCGACAGGUCAGUGAACGAAGAGAAACAAAGAUGCGAGGAGCUGGAAAUUGUAGAAACGUAAGCGGCUGAAACCUCACGUGGACUACAGAGCGCAACCUGGCCAACCACUGCAGCUCACUGUGUCUCUCUCUCUCUCUCUGUCUGUCUUUUCUCACCUGCUUGUUCUCCUUUUGCUCUUUUUUCUGGAACUGCUUGCGUGAGGAUGAGCCAAAAUGGACCUCACUGACCUCACUGAAGAGUGGCCAUUUUAACUGGAAAUACCUCUUUCUCUUCUUCUCUCUCUUUAUCACUCACGAUUACACAAAAAUGUAGGCAGAGACAUGCUUUUCCCAGUAGCUUUCAUUCUUGCUGACUGACUACAAGUGCGGCAUAUCAAACUUUAUUGCCCCUUUAUCAGAUGGAGGAAAGAACCAUAGCCAUCUUGAAGACUAUCUAUCUCUGAAUCUGUUCACACCUAGACUUUCUUUAGCAGGUUCAGCAGAUUUGUAAGUUUGGCAAUUGGGACAAUUGUUCACUCCAAAUACAACCAAGAACCCUACAGUUCUUUGGAGUAAUGACUCAGUAAACGGUGGUCAGUCUAGUCUGAUUCUGGUCGAUACGAAAAUGCUGUAAGAGCAGAUUUGGACAGCUGGUCAUAAGGAAAGAUUUGGAACAGAACCUUCACUACAGAAUAGCUUCUCUCCCUUUUACAUGACUAAUUUGUUCAAAAAUGUAACUUGUUGUAGCCCAUCAAAUUUACACUUUAUAAAUAACAUAAAUAGCAGUGUUGUAGUAUUCGAGUCUGGACAAGAGCAGACUUAGAUACAAUUCUGACUCAAGUCCGAGUCCAAGACCAUAUAUUUAUGACUAAUCAAGACCACUUAAUUUGAGGCAGAGUCCCAAUUCUCCUGAAAAUAUAGUCUUUGACUUGGAUAUGGUUAUGGACUUGAGUCUGGUCUUGUCUGGACUUGAGUAUAACACUGAUAUACAGAAUGAUAAAUUGAAAAUAUUUCUGCAUAUUAAAUGGGAAAAUAAAGAGAAGCAGAUCAUA